UGAAUGCGGCGGGGUCAAUUGGGCGACAAAAGACGGGUUUCCUAAUCCAGCCCAAACAAAACUCGCAAUCGCAGCCCUAGAAACUCCGCGACGCAUCAGAACUCGCUUCACAACCUAAAGCCGAAGCAAGUCAGCUUUCGUCUUCAUUUUUGCUAGGAGAUUAAUCCUCAAUGGCGUUGAACAACGGUCUCAGAUCUGCCUCCAAGUUAUUGUCCGCUUCUGAGUCGAUUUUGUCCAAGUCAGUGAACAGAGGCUUCCACUCAACAGGAGUGAAGAGGAUGGGAGGUCAUGGCCAUGAUGAACCCUACUACCUUCAUGCAAAGCACAUGUACAACUUGGACAAGAUGAAAUAUCAGAAAAUCAAAAUCCCUCUUGCUGUUUUCACUGUCUUCAUGAUUGGUGCCACUGUUCCUGUCUGGGCUGUCAAUUUCCAGCAGAAGAAGACUGCUUCUGCUUAAGUCACAACACCUUGGUGCACUCAUAGUAACAAGUUUGGAAUGCAUUUCUGGGGGACUCUUGGUAUUUCUAAGUUGGGUGCUUGAUGCUUAUUUUUGCUGUUAAUUUUCCAUGUUUAAUGCUGCCAGAUAGGAUUUAAACGCUUGUUGUUUUAAUAAUAUCAUACAGUAACGAAAUUGAUACUGAAUGAAUCAUGUGUUCAAAUA